AUGCCACGAUCUGCUGUGCCUUGUCAACGAGCCGGCUUCGAUCAGCGUUUAUCCAUUCGAGUCGAGCCGUCACAUACGUCACACCGCGUGUCCAACGUUGCCGAUCUGGGGUCGGUGUUGAGCUUUGCCGGAAGAAAGCCUAGUCUAGUGUACAGGCCCCCUUUGCUGCAGCUAUUUCUUACCGUACACCGGGUGUUCGGCCGGUUGGAUGAGCAAGUAGAAGCUGUUGCGCCUUCUUUACUGAAGCACUCGACGGACCACACAGCCUGCCGCAACCGGAGCUUUUACAUCUGCCGAAGCAGCGGUUGUACUCCAAGGCUUUCUUGCAUGUCAAACCAUGCCGAGACGCCUGCGCCCAGCGAUUCGUCUCAGAUGACCAUCCAGUCGCCAGUAAACGAGAUGUGA